UAAAAAAUGAUAACGUUUUGAGUCAUGUAGCAUGAAUGUAACAACAGAAAAAAUUUAUUACAUUGUGUCGGUCUUUUUCAAGAUUGUUACCAAAUGUUACGAUUCUAGUUUGAUCUAAAGACUUUUUUUUUUUUGAAACACCCAGAAAGUACAAGGCCAGUCGGUUGUAUUUCUAGCUUCAAUUUUGUGUGAUAUCGCUAACUUUGUAAAAAGAUUGGUGUUACGAAGACUCGUUGAAAAUUUGCUAGCAAUAGGGAACUAACAAAACAAAAUAAGAAAUUGUUCCUACGAGUAAAACGAUUCUAAAAUAAAAUAUACUGCAGACGUUUUUGAAACAAAGUAGUGUCAAAUCAUGGAAUUGCCCACAUGUUGCCUCCUUAAGUAUCAUAAAAGAAUUAUGUUAAGGGGUUUAUAUUGUAUAUGAUGGAAAGGCAUUACCACUAUUAAAUUAAAGAAGACAAUUGUUAACGCCUGUUUUGUUGACUUGAGGAAUUUCUCAUUAGAUAACAGUGAAAAAAUCCCUUGUCAAAAAACAACCGGCAAUUUAAAGACGGUUCAAAAUUAAAACAACAUACGAUUUGAUGGGGAAACCCUCUGAUAUAACCCUCUUUUCGUCUUCUCAAAAACUUUAUUCGAAGGGUUUGAAUAUCUUGGAAAUGUGUCCUACAGAAGCUUUUUAUCAUAUUCUUGAUUUUUUAAAACCUAUUGAGAUUGAUCGAAUUAUUAGAGGUCUUAAUAAAAACUUGUAUGAAAAAGCGUCAAGUCAAGAGUUUUGGGAAACAAGAAUGUUGAAUCGUUAUAAUUUAAUGGAUUUACUUUAUAUAGAAUUAUAUGUGAUUGCUGAAAGACGCUCUAAAGGUCGUAUUCAAAAAGGUGUCAUGAUGGGGACUCGUAAAGAGUUUAUCAUUCGUACAGUUAGUUUAGAAACAACCAAUGCAGGAAAAGACGAUGGUGUUCCAACAUCUUGUUUACGCGAAAUCUCCUUACUGAGUAAAAUACGACAUCCUAAUAUUCUAGUGUACGUCCCAUCAAGGAAAGUGUUCAUUUUUGCCGUUUUGAUGGUGUUCACAUUCAGAUGUUAUGGAGGACGUGUUAAAGGUUCCCAAAUCCAAGUCGUGUCGGAAUAUAUAAAAGAAAAUCUGUCCAUGCGCUUAGAAUUCUUUUCAAAGCACCCUUUAAAUCGCGUGGUCAUUCAGGAUUUAAUGAGACAAUUAUUUACUGCGCUCUCAUGCUUGCAUAAAAAUGGUAUUUUACAUCGAAAUAUUAAGCCUGAUAAUAUAUUACUGCAACCGGGAGACUACCCUUCUGGUUUACAAUUGAAAUUAGGAGAUUUGGCAAUGGCUCGUUCAAUUGAUUUUCCUCUCGAAGUUUACACACCUGAGGAUCCCAAAGAAAGAGAAAGAUCUUAUAGGGAACAAAGAAGAUUAUAUAAUCGGGCUCCCGAAGUGAUUUUAAGGCAACCCGUGUAUGGAGUUGAAAUUGACAUUUGGUCGGUUGGCUGUAUUUUUUUGGAAUUGGCCUUAGGAUACCCUCCAUUUCGUUGCGAGUCGGAAAUUGGGUUAUUAUUGUCUACAUUACAAUUAUGUGGUACACCUGAUGUGAGUAUUUGGAAUCGCAUUGGAGCUUCGUUUCGUUCGUUUUUAAAGUUACCCAUGUGGAAAUUCAUAGACUUUAGAGCAAUCGCUGCCACCUUGGUCAAUGAUCAAACGCGCGCGGCAGGUCAUUUGUCUCCUUAUUUGGUUGGUUACGAUAAACAAGUAGAAUCAGUCAAUAUGCUGUUACAAUUUGGUACCACUGUUGGAGUCAACGCGUUGCAUUUGCUCGAAAGACUUUUAAUUCUUCCGGGAGCCUUUCGAGUUUCGGCUCGAGAAGCACUGGAUUACCCUUAUUUUACGCAUCCCGCAAAUGACGCAUCCUUACAUCCUGAAGUGAAUCAAUGGAUUAACGUAUGUUGUUGUCGAAACGAGUCAAAAAAAAAACACGUCUUUUACGCAUGUAGUCUUAUUUUGAAGACAACGCUAACAAUAUAUCAGAGAAUCAUCUACUAUCAGUGUCGCAUUAUCAACGGUUUAUACGUUAUCAGAAAAAAAAGGAAAACUUUUUGGCUUUGCAGUUGUUUUCUCAAACAUCCAGUGACGAUCAUGAACGUUGGACUUUCGUCAAAUCAAUGGAGGAAAAAUGGGUUCGUUUUCACCUUGAUUAAACACUUGUUUACUAAUGACCAUGUGCCUUGGAAUUCAAUGGAUCAGACGAUUUCCAAUAACAAACUGCAAUAUUAUAUCUGGGCUCCUUUUGAUUAUACAGAAGAAAUCAUUUCAAAAGAAACCUUAGCAACAAGAAUGUCACCAUCAGAAUGCCGAAUAAUAGAUCAUGAUAAAAAGCAAGAAAGCCAACAGUCGGGUAUAUUAGGGGAACAGUAUACUGAAACCGUGGCGCGUUCUCAGCAAUCUGACAAAAACCAAGCGAGUGAGUUCCAAAUGUCGCAAACGGUUGGAAACGAGUGUUUUAAUAAGAAAUCCUCAGUAGAAGCAAGUCAAUCAACAGAAAAGGAGGAGGAUGUUUUCAACAGCCCCACGCAUUGCCAUGCAAAUUCACGUUCGACACAUUCUUCUUGUGAAGACCCAGAGACAGAAUGUCGCUCGAAACGAUUACAUAGAGAAUGCUUCACGCGAAAAGAACAAAGUGGUACAAUAUGUUCAAAGAAUUGUCUUUGCCAAAAAACUUCUUUUCGAAAUCCUACUGAGAAGAUGCAGGCUUUGUGUUCUUACCAACCACAAGUCGUUCCGUGUGACAGUGGUGUUGCCUCACACCAUUUCAUUAUAACACCGGGGAUUCGUCUUCACGUCAUUAAUCAUAUUUUUGGUGUACAACCCCAUUUUUAUUUGAAAUCUCAAACGGUUCAUCUAGCCGUAUCUUAUUUUGACAAAUAUAUUAGUUUACUCAGUGAAGCUUACAAAACCAACUUUCAAUUUUUGUCCCUAAAUGAAGUGUUACCUUUGGCUUUAACUUGUGUGAAAAUUGCAGAUCUGAAUAAUGAAAUAUCCAAAGAAUACUACAAGCAGGAUAACAUUGCAGAGUAUACUUCAUUUUAUGUAUCGAUCUUAUAUAACAUAGAAGAACUCGGUAACAGUAACAAAUUAGACGUUUCACAUUUAGCAAACAUUCUUUUGCAGAAUGAGAAAAAAAUUUUAAAUGCACUUCAUUUUGAUCUUUCAAUACCAACCUUAUACUCGUUUCUGAAUAUGUUUCUCUCUAUUAGUAAACUUUUACAUAUGAAGCAUCUUGUAGAUUACUGCCACUAUCUUGCUGAUUUAAGUCUUUACAGCCACCAUAUGGUUUCCAUUCGGCCGUCAUUAAAAGCUCAGGUUGUCUUAUUGUUCGGCUGUUGUACCUUAUUUCGACCACUUAAACAAGGAAGAGAUGAAAAAACGCAAAAACAAAUCACACUGGAGCCAUGCGAUCCUGAAUAUUCCCAGAAUUUAAUUUUACUUUUAAAUGAUCUUUAUGAGCAUCGCAAUGCACUAGGAUACAAUAAUACAGUAUGGAAAGUUUUAGAUUGCAUAGCUGUGAUACGUGAUGUAUUAAUGAAUGGCAGAAGGUAUUUUAAGCUUGAGAAAAUUGAGAAUGUAAAAAAAAAACAUUCGUGGGCAUCACGCAUUGGUCUAAGUACGCCUCUCAUACCCUUAAAGGCUCUUAGAAUUAUUCUUCCGCUGGUUUUCUUAUUUGUCAUGACGAACAAAAAACUAUCUGUACAUUUUUUUGAAGAGUGGAAAGAGCUUAUUUGAACUAAAGUUUACAGAAACUAUUGAUCUGAAACCCCAAAUCGGCGUUUUUGGAAUGAUAUGACAUGAAAAUUAGGAAAUUCAAUAUGACUUAAAUAAUCAUGAGCCAAUCAAUGUUUUUAGUUAUUUCUUACACCUUUGUAUAUCCUUUUUUUUGCUAGUCUAAUACAUUGAACCAUUCUUAGUAAAAGCAUGAUUCAAUACGUUUCUUUUCUGAAUGUACGUUUCAUUGUUUACACUGUUAAAGUGAUUUUUUUGAGAGUAUCUUAUCACCUGAAAUGGAUACCUCAAAAAAAAAUUUUUAAAAGAAAAAAAUGAAGCUGCUAGAAAAAAGAAGAUACUCAAAUGCUUUUUAUCCUUGUAAAUAUUAAAAAUAAAGACAUACUUUAAAACGCGGUGAGUAGUAUAUCCUAGAACACUGCAGGAAUAAUUUCGCAAAACGCUUUUGUUUCUUUCGCGGUGACAGGCUUACUUUAAGC